AUGGUUGCCAUGGAGUGUGCAUCAUUGAAGCUUGUUGUCCAGGCAACUGUUGCCAUGGAGGUGGUAGAUUGGGUGGUGCUGGCAUCAGUUGAAAGUGACGUUCAGAUGAAGUACAGUGAGUUGGAUAAAAAGGUCAAUGCUGCUGUUGACAUACUGACUUAUCAAAUCAGUAAAGUCGAAAAAGACUUUGAGAACAAAGCCUUGRCCCUUUCUGCCGCAAUCAAGGCCGUUAAUGAAAGUCGYAUCCCAGGCCCUCAAGGUCCACCAGGRCCACAGGGYAUUCAAGGACCCGAGGGUGCGGUYGGACCGAUAGGCCCUCGAGGACCUGUAGGACCACAAGGGAUUCAAGGACCUCGAGGACUUAAAGGGGACCAAGGACAAAGAGGACCUCGAGGAGAAAGYGGAAUAAGUGCCCUGAAAGGCUGUCAGCACCAUGAAUUGGAGAGUAUGGAGACGACACAAGCGACUGCUGAGAUCUAUCUUACGGGACCAUCUCCGGGUCACGUGAUCGUCGGCCUUGACUGUUCAUCCAGCAUCAAGGGCAUCAUUAGUAGACUACAAUCAGAUGGGACCAUAUCGUACAAGUGCCUCUGUACCCGUACCACUUCAUUUGGUUGGGGAAAAGAUGAAGGUGGCAACAACAAAAGGUUUAUUAACUGGCGAAGACAUGGUGGAGCUGCGCGCAGACGCACUAGUAGACGAAGGUACCCAGGCUCAUUCUAUCCCAAGAUGAAGUGCGUAAUGCAUUACUGGGAAUGUCCUGCUGAAUAAGCCUCAUGAUAACAUAAUGUAGAUGCUACUAGGUUAAUUGAUAUAGAGGAAAAUCAUAAUAAAUAAAGAGAAAUUCAAAUAUUGA